AUGAAUAAAACAGCUUCCCAGAAUCUGACUGAAGUACAGUACUGUUUCCCAUCAUCUAUAGAAGGAUCCUGUAUAAAAACUACCCUUCUGACAGCAGUUUCUUUUAUGUUAUACACAUUGCUGGCUGCACUUAUAAUAGUGGUUAUUUGUGGAAAUCUUGUGGUGAUUAUUUCUGUCUCCCACUUCAGACAGCUUCACACUCCAACCAACUUUUUAACUCUUUCACUGGCUGUUACUGAUUUUUUUGUAGGUUCACUUAUCCUACCUUUUAGCAUGAUACGAUCCAUUGAAGCAUGUUGGUAUUUUGGCAGUACUUUUUGUAAAAUCCACUCGGUAUUAGAUUCAGCUUUUACAUCAAUUUCUGUUUUACAUCUUUGCUUUAUCGCCAUUGAUCGUUACUAUGCCAUAUGUGACCCAUUACAAUAUGCAUCAAAAAUCACCACUUCUGUAACAGCAGUUUUUUUGUCAGUAUGCUGGGUAGUGCCUACAUGUUUUAGCUUUGGUUUAGUUUUAUUUGGUCAGAAUACAGAUGAACCCUUGUUGACUACUUUGUUCUGUGAAGGUCUGUGUGUUGUAAUAUUUGAUAAAACAUGGGCCUUAAUUACACCUCUGGUGGUUUUGUUUACACCUCUCAUCCUAAUGAUUGUCAUUUACAGUAAGAUUUUUGCUGUAGCCAGAAAUCAUUCUGCAGCCAUUAACAGCAUGGGGCCCAAGAUCACUUCUACAACAGAAACAAAAGCAGCAAAAACUCUUGGAUUGAUAACAGGUGUAUUCAUAUUAUGCUGGUUACCCUUUUCAGUAGUAUUUGUAGUUAAUUCCUUUUUCAAUGUUUCAGCAGAUCUGGAUUGGUGGCUGCUAGUUCACUUGCACACGGCAAGCACACAUUUGUUUAUUGUUAAUACUGUGUAUGAGGUAGAUUCAGGUCUAUGUGACAGUGACGUUUUUGCAGUUGAUCCUGAGAGUGGCAAUGUGGAAGUCCUACCACCUGAUGUUGGAGUAUUGGUAGCCUCUGAUGAUGAUGAUGGUGAUGAACAGGCAGAGUCUGGGGGUGCAGAGAAUCAGUCUGACACUGAGAUUGUAACUCUCACACCCCCUGCCCAUGCUUCAGACACAGUCAGUAUAGCUAUGCAUAACCAUGACACAAGUACCUCUGAUAUAGCACAGGUUUAUGAUGCCCUAGGUAAUAAUAAACUAUAUUAUUUUUGUAAUUCUACUUCAUUACAUAGGACUGGUAGAGGACAUAAUGGAGAGGGUCUUGGUGCCCAAACCAGCAGCUUUGGAAAGGUCCUGUGUCGGAUUGCAAAAAUGAUGCCAGGUCUGGCACUGACCCAGACAGCUGAUAUAGGAGACAGUGACAACAGUUCUGAGGGUGAGGACUAA